CAGAGAAGAGACAGGCUGUUUUAGACUGGAGAGAGGACAUACAGUCUCAAAAUCCAAAUUGCAAGGACUUUUAGUCAUCAAAAACAUGAGAAUUUGGCACCAUUUUGGAGCAUGAGGAGCCCAAGCUGUAAGGCAAAGCCAGUCUUAUUUCACAAAGGAAUACACUCCUGGGAUGCACUAGUCCCAAGGCUCCCACUGGGAACAUGACUAACUUCAAGUAGAGUUUAGAAAGGGUGACCAUGUGUGGCUGAACCCACUUUCUGCCAAUAAGAGCAGCGUGGCCAUCGGGUGCAUUGUCAAAGAAACAAAGCCUGGCAAGAUCUUGCUUGAAGAUGAUGAGGGCAAGGAACACUGGAUCCGAGCAGAGGACCUUGACACCCUCAGCCCCAUGCACCCCAUCUCUGUGCAAGGUGUGGAUGACAUGAUCCGCCUGGGGGACCUGAAUGAGGCAGGCAUGGUGCACAACCUCCUGAUCCGCUAUCAGCAGCACAAGAUCUACACCUACACAGGCUCCAUCCUGGUAGCCGUGAACCCAUUCCAGGUGCUGCCCCUCUACACCCUGGAGCAGGUGCAGCUCUAUUACAGCCACCACAUGGGCGAACUCCCGCCACACGUCUUUGCCAUUGCCAACAACUGCUACUUCAACCUGAAGAGGAACAAAAGAGACCAGUGCUGCAUCAUCAGUGGUGAGUCUGGGGCAGGGAAGACAGAGACCACCAAGCUCAUCCUGCAGUUCCUGGCCACCGUCAGCGGCCAGCAUUCAUGGAUUGAGCAGCAGGUCCUGGAGGCCAAUCCCAUCCUGGAAGCCUUCGGAAAUGCCAAGACAAUCCGAAAUGAUAACUCAAGCCGCUUUGGGAAGUAUAUUGACAUCCACUUCAACUCCAGUGGAGUGAUCAAGGGUGCACGCAUUGAGCAAUUUCUCCUGGAGAAGUCCCGGGUCUGCCGGCAGGCCCCAGAGGAGCGGAACUACCACAUCUUCUACUCCAUGCUCAUGGGUAUGAGCGCAGAGGAGAAGCAGCUGCUGAGCCUGGGGACGCCCUCCGAGUACCACUACCUUACCAUGGGAAACUGUACCUCCUGUGAGGGCCUCGAUGACGCCAAGGACUACGCCCACGUCCGUUCUGCCAUGAAGAUCCUCAUGUUCUCAGACUCUGAGAACUGGGACCUCAGCAAGUUGCUGGCAGCCAUCCUCCACCUAGGCAACGUGGAGUUUAUGGCUGCGGUCUUCGAGAACCUGGAUUCCUCUGAUGUGAUGGACACACCUGCCUUUCCCACUGUGCUGAAGUUACUGGAGGUGGAGUACCAGGUGCUCCGGGACUGUCUGAUCAAGCAUUCCAUCAUCAUCCGAGGGGAGUCUGUCACCAGGCCCCUGAACAUCACCCAGGCUGCAGACAGGAGGGAUGCCUUUGUCAAGGGCAUCUAUGGGCACCUCUUCCUGUGGAUUGUCAAGAAGAUCAACACUGCGAUUUUCACUCCAUCUGCCCAGGACCCCAAAAAUGUACAAAGAUCCAUUGGCCUCCUGGACAUAUUUGGCUUUGAAAAUUUCCAGAAAAAUAGCUUUGAGCAGCUCUGCAUCAACUUUGCCAACGAGCACCUGCAGCAGUUCUUUGUGCAGCACGUGUUCACCAUGGAGCAGGAGGAAUACCUCUCGGAGAACAUCACCUGGGACUACAUCCACUACAAUGACAAUCGGCCCACACUGGACCUGCUGGCCCUCAAGCCCAUGAGCAUCAUCUCCCUCCUGGACGAAGAGAGCCACUUUCCACAGGGGACAGAUACCACCAUGCUGCAAAAACUCAACAACGUCCAUGCCAACAACAAGGCCUACCUGCAGCCCAGGAACAUCCAUGAUGCCAGAUUUGGCAUCACCCACUUUGCGGGUGAGGUGUACUACCAGACAGAAGGCUUCCUAGAGAAGAAUCGAGAUGUACUGAGCACAGACAUCCUCACCCUGGUCUACUCCUCCAAAAACAAGUUCCUGAGGGAGAUAUUCAAGCUGGAGUCAGCAGAGACCAAACUGGGCCAUGGUACCAUCAUCCGGGCAAAGGCAGGGAGCCAGCUCUUCAAGUCCACAGACCCCGGCAAGCGGCCCUCCACGUUGGCCAGCCAGUUCAGAAAGUCCCUGGACCAGCUGAUGAAAAUCCUGACCAGCUGCCAGCCCUACUUCAUCCGCUGCAUCAAACCCAACGAGUACAAAAAGCCGCUGCUCUUCGACCGGGAGCUGUGCAUCCGGCAGCUGCGCUACUCUGGCAUGAUGGAGACUGUGCACAUCCGCAAGUCGGGCUUCCCCCUCCGGUACACAUUCCAGGAGUUCUCGCAGAGGUUCGGCGUGGUGCUGCCCAGCGCUGUGCGCUUGCAGCUUCGAGACAAAGCUCGCCAGAUGACUCUGCACAUUGCUGAAAUGUGGCUGGGAACAGACAAAGAGUGGAAAGUGGGAAAGACCAAAAUCUUCCUGAAGGAUAACCAGGACACUCUGCUGGAGGUACAAAGGAGCCAGGCCCUGAACAAGGCAGCAGUCAACAUCCAGAGAGUCGUACGAGGCUACAAAUGGAGGAAGGAGUUCCUGAGGCAGAGGCGGGCAGCUGUGACCCUCCAGGCUGGAUGGAGAGCCCACUACAACAGGCGGAACUUCAAGCAGAUCCUCCUGGGUUUUGAGCGCCUGCAGGCCAUUGCCCGGAGCCAGCUGCUGGCAAAGCAGUACCAGACCAUGCGGCAGAGGAUGGUCCAGCUGCAGGCACUGUGCAGGGGCUACCUUGUGCGUCAGCAAGUCCAGGCCAAGAGGAGGGCAGUAGUGAUCAUACAGGCGCAUGCCAGGGGUAUGGCUGCCCGGCGGAACUUCCGGCAGCAGAAAGCCAAUGGGCCUCUGGUCAUCCCAGCUGAAGAGCAGAAGAGCCCAAGUGCUCUCCCCACCAGGAAGCGGAAGUCAAUCUAUGACACCAUCACAGACACGGAGAUGGUGGAGCAAGUGUUCGGUUUCCUCCCUUCCAUGAUUGGUGGGCAGGAGGGCCCAGCCCCACAGCGCUUUGAGGACUUGGAGACAGAGACCCAGAAGCUGCCCGAGGUUGACCUGGACGCAGUCCCCAUGGUAGAGGAACCGGAGGACGAUACGGACGGCCUGGCCGAAUACACCUUUCCCAAGUUUGCUGCAACCUAUUUCCAGAAAUCAGCCAGCCACACACACAUCCGGCGGCUCCUCCGAUACCCGCUGCUCUACCACGAGGAUGAUGCCGACUGCUCGGCCGCCCUGGCCGUGUGGAGCAUCAUCCUGAGGUUCAUGGGGGACCUUCCGGAGCCAGUGCUUUUCGCCAGGAACAGCCUGCGUGGGGGCUCAGUGAUGCGGCAGAUCCAUGACACCCUGGGCAAAGAGAACAGCUCCCAGUCUCCACAGCUCCACGUAUCCACACAGAGACCCAGCCGCAGGGACAGAGGGAGCAAGGACAUCUCCUCCAUGAAGCUAAAACGAUCCUCCAGGAUCACAGGCCAGGUAACCAGCCAGCUGAAUAUUGGAGAGGAGGCAUUUGAGCCUGAUGGCCCCAUCUCAGACAGACCCAUGUCCAACCUGGAGAAGGUGCACUUCAUCGUGGGCUAUGCUAUCCUGCGGCCCAACCUCAGGGACGAGAUUUACUGCCAGAUCUGCAAGCAGCUGUCGGAGAACUUCAAAACAAGCAGCUUGGCCCGGGGCUGGAUCCUGCUCAGCCUUUGCCUGGGCUGCUUCCCACCCUCCGAGAGGUUCUUGAAGUAUCUGAUGAACUUCAUUGGUCAAGGGCCGGCUGGCUAUGGCCCCUUCUGUGCAGAGCGCCUGAGACGCACCUAUGCCAACGGGGUGCGCAUGGAGCCCCCCACCUGGCUGGAGCUGCAGGCCGUCAAGUCCAAGAAGCACAUCCCGAUCCAUGUCAUCUUGGUGACUGGAGAGAGCCUGACUGUCAUGGUUGACUCUGCAUCGACAUCUCGGGAAGUCUGCCUGCACAUUGCCCACAAGCAGGGCCUCAGCGACUACCUGGGCUUUUCUCUGCAGGUGGCCGUGUAUGACAAGUUCUGGUCCCUGGGCAGCGGGCGCGACCAUGUGAUGGAUGCAGUCGCCCAGUGUGAGCAGCUGGCCCGGGCGAGGGGCGAGAAUGAGCGCCAGGCACCCUGGCGCAUCUACUUCCGGAAGGAGUUCUUCACGCCCUGGCAUGACUCCCAGGAGGACUCCGUCAGUACCCAGCUCAUCUACCGCCAAGUGCUGCACGGGGUCUGGUCUGGCGAGUAUAGCUUUGAGAAGGAGGAAGAGCUGGUACAGCUGCUGGCCCAGCACUGCUACGUGCAGCUCGGCGCCUCGGUGGGGAGCAAGGCUGUCCAGGAACUGCUGCCCAGCUGCAUCCCCUCCAAGCUGUACAGGACCAAGCCGCCAGAGCAGUGGGCUAGCCUCGUCACUGCUGCCCACACCAAGGCACAUUACACCCAGAAGCAGGCAAAGCCGCUGGCCGUGCAGGAGCAGGUGGUGGAUGCUGCCCGCCUGCAGUGGCCGCUGCUCUUCUCUCAGCUCUUUGAGGUCACCACACUCUCCGGCCCCCGACUGCCCAAGACUCAGCUGAUUUUGGCUGUUAACUGGAAGGGGAUAUACUUCCUGGACCAGAAGGAGAAGAUGCUCCUAGAACUCUCUUUCCCAGAGGUCAUGAGUCUGAUUACCAACAGGGAGGCCCAGGGAGGGCAGAGGCUGGUACUCUCCACGCUGCACGCAGAGGAGUACGAAUUCAUGUCACCCAGCAGUGUGGCCAUCGCUGAGCUGGUAGCCAUGUUUCUGGAGGGCUUGAAGGAGAGGUCUGUGUUCGCCAUGGCCCUGCAGGACAGGAAAGCCACAGAUGACACCACCCUCCUGCCCUUCAAGAAGGGGGACCUGCUGAUCCUGACAAAGAAGCAGGGGCUGUUGGCUUCUGAGAACUGGACCUUGGGCCAGAACGACAGGACGGGCAAGACGGGGCUGGUGCCCACGACCUGCCUCUAUGCCAUCCCAGUGGUCACCAAGCCCUCAGCACAGCUGCUGAGCUUGCUGGCCAUGUCACCAGAAAAGCGGAAGCUGGCAGCCCAGGAGGGGCGGCCCACAGAGCCACUGCCUGAGGAGCAGCCCAAGGAUAAGCCACACACCCUGGAGGACUUCUCCUACGAGUUUUUUAGGGCUCCAGAAAAGGAGACAGUCAGCAGGGCCAUGUUCCCCCUGGCCCGGACCCGGGGCCACCUCUGGGCCCACUCAUCUGAGCCACUGCGGCAGCCUCUGCUCAAGCGUGUCCAUGCCAAUGCCGAGCUCCGGGACCUCGCCUGUCAGAUCUUCAUCGCUAUCCUCAGGUACAUGGGGGACUAUCCUUCACGACAGGCCUGGACCUCUGUGGAGCUCACCGACCAGAUCUUCUCGCCGGCCCUCCAGGACUCAGCCCUGCAGGAUGAGGUCUACUGCCAGAUCCUGAAGCAGCUGACACACAACACCAAGAGAUACAGCGAGGAGAGGGGCUGGCAGCUGCUGUGGCUCUGCUCUGGCCUCUUCCCACCUGGCAAGGCACUGCUGCCCCACACUCAGAAGUUCAUCGACACGCGGAGGAAGAAGCUGUUGGCCCCUGACUGCAGCCGCCGCCUCCAGAGGAUCCUGAGGACGGGGCCCCGGAAGCAGCCCCCACACCCAGUGGAGGUAGAGGCCAUGGAGCAGAACAUCUCCCGCAUCUGCCACAAGAUCUACUUCCCCAACGACACAAGUGAGAUGCUGGAGGUGGGCACCAACACCCGGGUGCGGGACGUAUGCCAGAGCAUCGCCACCAGGCUCCAGCUGGCCUCCUGGGAAGGCUGCAGCCUCUUCAUCAAGAUCGCAGACAAGGUCAUCAGCCAGAAGGAGGGAGACUUCUUCUUUGACUCCUUGCGGCAAGUGUCUGAUUGGGUGAAGAAAAACAAGCCCCAGAAAGAAGGGGCCCCCGUGACGCUCCCCUACCAGGUGUACUUCAUGCGGAAACUGUGGCUCAGCGUGACCCCAGGAAAGGACACAAAUGCAGACACUAUACUUCAUUACCACCAGGAGCUGCCCAAGUACCUUCGUGGGUUCCACAAGUGUUCGCGGGAGGAUGCCAUCCACCUGGCCGGCCUCAUCUAUAAGGCCCAGUUUAAUAACGACCGGUCCCAGCUGGCUAGUAUACCCAAGAUCCUGCGAGAUCUUGUGCCUGAGAACCUCACACGCCUCAUGUCAUCCGAGGAAUGGAGAAAGAACAUCCUUCUGGCCUAUGACAAACACAAGGACAAGACAGUAGAGGAGGCCAAAGUGGCCUUCCUCCAGCGGAUCUGCCGGUGGCCCACGUUUGGAUCUGCCUUCUUUGAGGUGAAGCAAACCUCGGAGACCUCGUACCCGGACAUCAUCCUCAUCGCCAUCAACCGGCACGGGGUUCUACUUAUCCACCCCAAGACCAAGGAACUGCUCACCACCUACCCCUUCACCAAGAUCUCCAGCUGGAGCAGUGGCAGCACCUAUUUCCACAUGGCACUGGGGAGCCUGGCCCGGGGUAGCCGCUUACUGUGUGAGACCUCUCUGGGCUACAAAAUGGAUGACCUUCUGACCUCGUAUGUGCAGCAGCUCCUGAGCACCAUGAACAAGCAGCAGGGCUCCCAGGCCCCAGCCCAGGCCGAUCUUUAGCACCGGGAACUGGUGUGUCCACUCACUUACCCUUACCCUGGUGGCACUUCCCAAAUGCCCUUUCUUGGCCCAGGGCCUGCCCUCUGCAGGCAGCUUUUCAUGCUGCCCUCUCCCAGAACACACUCCCACAACCCUCAGCAUGCCAGGCAGGCCUCCUUUCCUGAGGGGCUGACCAUGGAGGACAAAGUGUGGAGCCUGGAAUGUCAGGCCUCCAGGCUGAUGGGUGGAUGCUUGAAAGGACUUCCUCUAGAAUGUUCAAUAAAAAUUCCUAAAGCAC